AUGAAAUUUGAGUGGGUGCUUAUUAUUUUCGUUUUGUUGUGUGUCGAAUACUCCUUUUGCAAUCCGGAUGCCAAAAGGCUUUACGAUGAUUUGCUUAGCAAUUACAAUAGACUGAUUAGGCCAGUCAGUAACAAUACGGAUACCGUUCUGGUGAAGCUAGGAUUGAGAUUAUCCCAACUGAUUGAACUGAACCUGAAAGAUCAGAUUUUGACCACCAAUGUUUGGUUGGAACACGAAUGGCAAGACCACAAAUUCAUGUGGGAUCCCCAGGAGUAUGGAGGAGUCACAGAAUUAUAUGUUCCAUCAGAACAUAUAUGGCUUCCAGACAUUGUUUUGUAUAACAAUGCUGAUGGAGAGUAUGUUGUCACUACGAUGACUAAAGCAGUUCUGAGACAUACAGGCAAAGUUCUGUGGACACCACCAGCAAUAUUCAAGUCAUCCUGCGAAAUAGACGUAAGAUAUUUCCCAUUCGAUCAACAAACCUGCUUCAUGAAAUUUGGUUCCUGGACAUAUGAUGGAAAUCAGAUCGACCUAAAACACAUCAAUCAAAAACUUGGUGAAGACAAAGUAGAAGUUGGUAUCGAUCUGAGAGAGUACUACCCCAGCGUCGAGUGGGACAUCCUAGGAGUACCAGCUGAGAGGCAUGAGAAGUACUACCCUUGUUGUGCGGAACCAUACCCAGAUAUCUUCUUCAACAUAACACUGAGAAGAAAAACCCUGUUCUACACUGUCAACCUAAUAGUACCCUGCGUCGGCAUAUCAUACCUAUCGGUACUGGUGUUCUAUCUACCAGCUGACUCUGGAGAAAAGAUCGCCCUGUGCAUCAACAUCCUCCUCUCGCAAACCAUGUUCUUCCUGCUCAUAUCAGAAAUCAUCCCUUCCACUUCCCUGGCCCUACCCCUACUGGGAAAAUACAUCCUCUUCACCAUGGUAAUGGUUGGGUUUUCUGUGGUGAUCACCAUCAUCAUCCUCAACGUACACUACAGGAAGCCUAGCACCCACAAGAUGGCGCCUUGGGUGAGGAGCUUCUUCAUCAAGAGUGUGCCGAAGCUGCUGUUGAUGAGAGUGCCCAAAGACCUUCUCACCGAGCUGGCGGCUAACAAAAUACCGAUGAACAGGCUAUCGAUGAAGAUCAAGAAGAGAGAGAUAGAUGCCAUGCCUUCGAGCAGGUCUUCUUCUUCUAGCACUUCUAGCUCUAGCAUGAACCGGGCUGGCUGCAAUGGAUUGCACUCUACAACAACCACCAACAGGUUGAGAAGCUUCGCUGGGACACUGAGUGAAAGGUUUGGAUACAAUGGAUUACCAUCAGUGUUUUCUGGGCUAGAUGAGAGUGACUCUGGUGCAAGAAAAAAAUAUCCUUUCGAGUUGGAAAAAGCAAUACAUAACGUGAUGUUUAUACAACAUCACAUACAAAGACAGGACCAAUUCAACGCGGAGGAUCAAGACUGGGGAUUCGUAGCCAUGGUUCUGGAUCGUCUUUUCCUUUGGAUUUUCAUCAUAGCGUCCAUUGCUGGUACAAUUUCUAUUCUGUGCGAAGCUCCUGCCCUUUAUGAUGACACCAAACCCAUCGAUAUGGAGCUAUCUUCUGUAGCCCAACAACAGUUCCUUCCAGAUUUCGAAAAUAUGCAAUAA